CGUCAACACAACGCUUCCCCCAUCCCAUGUGAUACCCUGACGUAGCGUUUCGUUCUGCGUUGCCCUGAUGCAGGGGGUUUCCAUCAUGGCGUCGAUGCAGAAAAGGCUACAAAAGGAACUAAUGGCUUUGCAAAAUGAUCCGCCCCCUGGAAUGACGCUCAAUGAGAAAAGUGUACAGAACACAAUCACACAAUGGAUUGUAGAUAUGGAAGGAGCCACGGGCACGCUCUAUGAAGGAGAGAAAUUUCAGUUGCUUUUCAAAUUCAGUGGUCGGUAUCCUUUCGAUUCACCUCAGGUAAUGUUCAUGGGAGAGAAUAUACCUGUCCAUCCUCACGUAUAUAGCAACGGUCACAUCUGUCUUUCAAUACUAACAGAAGACUGGUCGCCAGCCCUCUCAGUGCAGUCGGUCUGUCUCAGCAUUAUCAGCAUGCUGUCCAGCUGCAAAGAAAAGAGACGGCCCCCCGAUAACUCCUUUUACGUAAAGACAUGUAACAAAAACCCAAAGAAGACAAAAUGGUGGUAUCACGAUGAUACAUGCUAAUUAACUUUCUAAUAGUCCUACUGUCCCACAUAAAGCACUUUUGAAUCAUACAGUCACUGAACUCUGACCUUUUGACUGGAACAAUGGACACCGUGAUGCGCUGGAGACUCUUUUUUUUUUUUACUGCAUUUCCCAGAGGGCAGUUGGGUGCAUGUUUUAGCCGGUUGUAAUAUACAAAAUGAGAAAAUAAAGUUAUAUGUCCCAACAAUGGAUUGUUUUGGCCAAAAGGUCGUUAUGCAGCCAGCAAAAUAAAUGGUUUUGAAGUGAGAUUAUUAUAUUAUUAUUGUUUUAAGAUGAUUCUUGUUUCCUUUUUGUGUUUGUUUGAGUACAUUUAAAAGGUUGUCAUUAUGUGUAAUAAUAAUAAUAAUAACAGCAAUGGUGGAUGCAUACUUGGGCAUACAAAGAGACUUCAAUAGGUUAUACCAGGAAGAGGAUCUGAGCAUCUUAUACCAGGAAGAGGAUCUGAGCAUCUUAUACCAGGAAGAGGAUCUGAGCAUCUUAUACCAGGAAGAGGAUCUGAGCAUCUUAUACCAGGAAGAGGAUCUGAGCAUCUUAUACCAGGAAGAGGAUCUGAGCAUCUUAUACCAGGAAGAGGAUCUGAGCAUCUUAUACCAGGAAGAGGAUCUGAGCAUCUUAUACCAGGAAGAGGAUCUGAGCAUCUUAUACCAGGAAGAGGAUCUGAGCAUCUUAUACCAGGAAGAGGAUCUGAGCAUCUUGUACCAGGAAGAGGAUCUGAGCAUCUUGUACCAGGAAGAGGAUCUGAGCACCUUGUACCAGGAAGAGGAUCUGAGCACCUUGUACCAGGAAGAGGAUCUGAGCACCUUGUACCAGGAAGAGGAUCUGAGCACCUUGUACCAGGAAGAGGAUCUGAGCAUCUUGUACCAGGAAGAGGAUCUGAGCAUCUAAUACCAUGAAGAGGAUCUGAGCAUCUUAUACCAGGAAGAGGAUCUGAGCAUCUUAUACCAGGAAGAGGAUCUGAGCAUCUUGUACCAGGAAGAGGAUCUGAGCGCCUUAAAAACAAAAAUAUUUUUGUUUUUACUGAAAUUCAAUGCACUGUGAAAAAAACUAAAAAUCUAGGUACAACUAACUCAAUGUCGGUUAUUCCAGACAUGCAGUUAACUUCUACUGUAAAACCACAAACAUCACCACUUCCUGUUUUCAGGCGAUAAUCGGGUUUUAAAUGGCUUUACUUUUAACCCUUUAAUCAAGAGCAGUACUUCCCCUCUGCCUUCCAUCUUCCAAGGACUUGAUUUCAGAAGUUGUGAAUUUGUCUGGUCUAUAUGUUGGCUACAAUGUUGGUACUGACCAGGUUGAGACAAGAACGACGGUUGGAACUCUUUAAUUCGCUGAGACUGUUACGUACUUCUCUAGAAUAAUACGGGCUCAACUCGUAUGAUUGUGUUUGCUAGUCCAUUCGGCAAAGCCCAGCGGUGUGUGAAAACAUCCCCUCCGUGUCAAGCCCAGAGGUGUCUAUCUGUUGUUGUGAUCCAUUUGUAUGAGACGUUGGUUUGGUUUGUUUUUGAUGAGAUGAAGGCUUUAAUCUCCUUAAAAACAUGAUCUGAUUUGAUUAUGUUUGUCUUUGUUGUUUUUUUUGUACUGUUUUUCAGCGAGCUGAAAGGGGGAGUUAAAGGGGGAGUUGUGUAUUUAAUGAACAUCUCUAUGUCGAUCUCCUGAGUGGUAGUAACAGGGAAAGGAAUCGGUUCAGAACUGUUGUUAGUGACUCGGCUAGACUUGAUUCCCUGGUCAGAGAUUGGCUAAGGUACUUUUUUUUUUUUUUCAAUACGAGCUCACCUUGGAAAAAGACAUCCUGUCAGAUAUUUAGUAUUUAACUAUAUUUUCACCCAAAAAAAAGAGACUUUUAUGUUGUGAAAUUACAGAGUAUGAAACUAUUCUAUAUAAAUCUUAAUUUUUUUUUUUUGAAAUUACGGAAGUUAGAAAUGAGCGUGUUCAUAUUUCUUUUGACUAAUUAGAGUGAUUUUAAUAUGAGUGUUUUAUUACUUUGAGUUUCUCUGCAAAGUUUCUGGUCAAUAAGAUGUGUACAUCUACUUAGUUGUCAUCAACACACAACUACUGUUGGUCUGACGAGGAGGUGGGUCUGACGAGGAGGUGGGUCUGACGAGGAGGUGGGUCUGACGAGGGGGUGGGUCUGACGAGGGGGUGGGUCUGACGAGGGGGUGGGUCUGACGAGGGGGUGGGUCUGACGAGGAGGUGGGUCUGACGAGGAGGUGGGUCUGACGAGGAGGUGGGUCUGACGAGGAGGUGGGUCUGACGAGGAGGUGGGUCUGACGAGGAGGUGGGUCUGACGAGGAGGUGGGUCUGACGAAGUCAGUCUUGCUGAGUUUACAUGGAUUUUCGUGCCAUUUUAAAUAUCAAGCGAAAAUAAUGAAGUCUAAAACAGAUGUCUUAGUUUUGCAAACAAAUUAUAUUGCAAAAAAUAAUAAUAAAUUUAUUGAGAGAAAAAAAUAUGUAUUGCAAGGAAAUCAAUUUGAAGUGUGUGAACAAAUUAAUUCAGAUUUUUUUUUUUUUUGUGAAACAUUUUCCAUUAUAACUAUUGUGAUUAAAUGCUUACUGCAUUAUAUUUUUUUUGUGCAAGUUUUGGCACCUUCAUUCCAGCAACGUAGCACCCUGCAUCCCACUGCUGGUUUGCCUCUGAAGCUAAGCAGGGUCGGCCCUGGUUAGUCCCUGGAUGGGAGACCGGCUGGAAGUGGUGAUGGAGGGUUAGUAGGCAAAGAGGUCACCUAAUAAUCCCCAGUUUACAAUUGGCUCAUUCAUCCCCCUCCUCUCCCCUGUAACUAUUCCCCAGGUCGUUGCUGCAAAUGAGAAUGUGUUCUCAGUCAACUUACCCGGUAAAAUAACGGUAAAAUAAAAAAUAAAAAGAGGGAGGCGUUUGAACACAAUCAAGUUAUCAUUGAAAGUGUUUCACUAAAAAACUAUAUAUUUUUUAAUUCAUUCGUUCACGCAUUUCAAAAUUAUUUCCUUGCUAUAUAUAGAUAUAUUGCACUCCAUACUUGUGGGUUUAUUUUGCUUUCCAUUUUGUUCUCCGACUUAAGAAGUUUUGCUUGAUAUUAAUGGCAGAAAAUGAACUCCGUCAAUUUAAACGUGUUAUUUCUGUAUCUACACCUUUACUAUGGGAUUGAAUCAGCAGCCGUCAACUGUGACUAAGAGGCUGUCGGGUUUACGUUCCAAAUGGCAUCCUACUCCCUAUAUAGAGCACCACUUUUGACCAGAGGCCCUAUGUACGGUGGUCAAACGCAGGGCACCGUAAAAGAGAACAAUAGGGAUCCAUUUUGGGACGCGCCCAGCCAAUGUGUUGCGGCAGCUCUCACUCCAUUCCUAUAGUUGUGUCCUGUCGCCGUCCAUUCAGAAAUAAUUAUUCCCGUCAUUGGGUUGAUUUUUUGUAUUGUAUCUGGUUGUCUUUUUCUUUUUUUUGGCUCCACAGAAAAGUUUAUUUCUGUCACAAUAUGAAACCGCUUGACUCAGUGAAUGUGUUUGUUAUAGAUAUGACCGUGGCACACUGGUGUCUAGGAACCGUAUUUAUGACUAUAUAUAAAGGAGUCUUAUCUAUUUUAAAACAAAAUGCUUUUGUAUGACACUAGAAGGGUUAUCUGGUGUUGACCAAACCCUAUCUUCCUACAUAGUGCACUACUUUAGACCAGAGUAUGGACCCUGGUCAAAAGUAGUGCACUACUUAGGGAAUAGGGUUCCAUUUGGGGAAGUAUGUCACAGUAUGACAUUUUGUGCAGGGACAAAAAGCCUUCAUUCACAGACCAGCAGACAUGUUAAAACCAGGAGUGGAUCUGUCAACAGGAUUUGGAUCUCUCUCUUUUUGAUUUCUACUUUUAUUUUCCUGAUUUUUAUUUAGUUCUAUAUUUUUUCCUUUUUAAUGUGGUUUGGAUUCUUGGCCUGCAGAUUGUUGUGAUUGAUCACCAUGGGGAUGGUAAUAUCAUUAUAUUUGUAAUAUAUUUUGAGAUGUACAAGCUCCAUGUCAGAGAUGCCUGUUCAUUUUAAUAAUCAAUAAUAAAAAGCAGCGGUUCACUUUUAAUUCA